AUGGCUUCUGAUGAUGAAUUUAAAAUUGAUGAGAUCACUUUUAUUGUUAAAGAUGUUGUUCGUCGUAGAAUUGGUGAUCGAGAAUUUGCUCAAGAAAAAGUAAAAAACUGGAAUUCGGAUAUUUUAACAGGCAUAAUUAAAGAAUUACAAAAACAAAAUAAACAAUUAAAAUAUGUUGUCACAAUAUUGAUAGCAGAAAAAACAGGAGCUGGUUUACAUACGGCAAUGUCAACAUUGUGGGAUGGACAGAGUGAUGGAUGUGCAACGAUUCGAUGGGAAAAUAAAUCCAUGUUUUCUGUCAUAACUGUUUUCGGUUUAGCUAUGUGA